AAAAGAGCCUCACGGUCAAUCGGACCGAGAGGAAUAUCUUGCUUCCUUAGAGGACACAUUCAUUACUCUACCAAAUCAUCGCCAAAAUGACCGACACCCAAGUUCAUCCAAAAUCCCCACCCGAUUGGAACAACAUCGAAGUCAUCCAUCGCAACACCCUCCCACCUCGAAGCAACUUUUAUCUCUACAACACUGAGUCCGAUGCUUUGACACGCGAUAUCACCAAAGCAAAGGCUCUCUGCCUGUCUGGAACUUGGAAGUUUAACCUCUCCAAGUCUCCCUUUGAAGGGCCAGACAAGUUCCACGACCGCGACUUUGAUGCCUCUGGGUUCAGCGACAUCCAAGUCCCCGGGAUGUGGCAGCUUCAAGGCUUUGGGAAGGGGCCGCACUACACCAAUGUCGAUUACCCGUUUCCAGUAGAUCCACCCAACGUGCCCUUCGCGGACAAUGAGUGUGGACGGUACAUCACUACCCUCAAGGUCGACGAUAGCUUCAAAGAUCAUCAGCUGCGUCUACGUUUCGAGGGCGUGGACUCCUCAUUCUCCCUAUGGAUCAACGGCACAUACGUCGGCUAUUCUCAAGGGUCUAGGAACCCCAGCGAGUUUGAUGUCACAGAGCUGCUCGACUUCGAAGGGGAAAACAUGAUCGCGGUGGAAGUCUACCAGUGGUGCGAUGGGAGCUACAUCGAAGACCAGGAUCAGUGGUGGCUCAGUGGCAUCUUCAGAGACGUCUACCUGCAUGCCUUACCUAAGACUCAUCUCAUUGACUUCCAAGUCGCCACUGAACUUGAUGACAAGUUUGAAGAUGCUACCCUAAGAGUUGACAUCGAGCUGAGUGGCUCCUCGUCUGUCGAGCUCAAGCUGCUUGAUCAGGAAGGCGGAGAAAUUCUGGAAGACACCAAGAACAUUUCGGGCAAGGACAACUUUGAGCUGUCUGUCAAAACACCAAAGAAGUGGACCGCAGAAACGCCGUACCUUUACACACUCGUCCUCAACAUAGGCGAAAAGAGCAGCGUCGCCCAUCGUAUUGGCUUCCGUACCGCUGGGCUAAUUGACGGGGUCUUCUGCGUCAACGGCAAACCCAUUAAGAUCCGAGGCGCAAAUCGACAUGAACAUCAUCCGGACCAUGGACGAGCUGUACCGUACGAGUUCAUGAAGCAAGACUUGUUGAUCAUGAAGCAGCACAACCUCAACGCCAUCAGAACCUGUCAUCAGCCCAGCGACCCACGACUCUACGACCUGGCUGACGAGCUGGGCUUCUGGAUUCUCGACGAAGCAGAUCUAGAAUGCCACGGCUUCUCGUCAACAGGUGGCGAUCCAGCGUCCUUCAUUUCGGACAACCCAGCUUGGGAAGACCAGUACGUGGAUCGGGCUAGACAGAUGGUUGCCCGUGAUAAGAACCAUGCCUGCGUCUUCAUGUGGUCUCUCGGGAACGAAGCCUUUUACGGGCGGAACCACAAGGCUAUGUAUAAGUGUAUCAAGGAGAUGGAUUCUACGCGAUUGGUGCACUACGAGCAGGAUUACGAGGCUGAGACGGUUGAUCUCUAUAGCCGCAUGUAUUCCAGCGUUGAUGAGAUUGUUGACAAGUUUGCAAAAGCGGAGAAGUGGACGAAGCCUCUCGUUCUGUGCGAGUACAUCCACGCAAUGGGAAAUGGACCCGGAAACAUCAAGGAGUAUAUCGAGGCGUUUUAUCAGUAUCCGAGACUGAUGGGAGGAUGGGUGUGGGAGUGGGCGAACCACGGGUUGCGCACCAAGACCAAGGACGGGGAAGAGUAUAUGGCAUACGGGGGCGACUUUGGCGACGAACCGAACGAUUACAACUUCAUCAUGGAUGGCGUCCUUUUCUCAAAUCACACGCCCACGCCUGGCUUGACUGAGUAUGCCAAGGCUGUUGAGCCUGUUCAAACACUUUCGCUCGAAGGCAACAAGGUGACAAUCGUCAAUCGCUACGACUUUAUCGGGCUGGAGCAUCUCAAAGCUACCUGGAAGAUUGUCGUCGACGGCAAAACUGUACCUGGAAAAGAGAUCCAGAUACCUGGCGGCAUCAAACCUCACACACAGGCAACCUUAACUCUAGACAGUUAUGAUGAGUCUCUUCUAAGUGACAUCACAGGUGAAGCCUAUCUUCAUCUAAGCUUCGUCAUAAAGGAGGGUACAAACUGGGCAUCAGCUGGCCACCAGGUCGCCUUUGGCCAACUUCAGAUCUCCAAACCCGAGUCAAUCGCUGCACUACGAUCCUUGGGCUCCGGACCACCAACUGUGGAACAAGUAUCCCCAUCUCUACUCGUCGUUCGAUCAUCGACCGGAGAUUCAACUUGGGACAUCAAUCUCGCCGCUGGGGCCCUCACGAGCUGGAAGCGUUCUGGCGUUGAACUCCUCACGACUCCCAUCACGAUGGACUUUUACCGUGCCCUUACCGACAACGAUCGCGGUGGCCACGGCAAAGAAUGGCAAGAACGUCGCCUACACCAAACGUCCCACCACGUGCGACAAGUGAAAUGGCACACUGACUCAAACACCGUCCAAGUUCAAGUCACUGGCCGCAUCGCGCCGCCCGUUCUCGCCUGGGCCGUCGAUGUCGUUACCACGUACGACUUUCAUGGAGACGCUCUUCGCAUUCAAGUGCACGGUAAACCGCACGGAUUGCGACUGCCCGAGACGUUUGCGCGGAUCGGCGUCACGGUUGGGGUGGACGGUGUUUCUGAUGUAAAGUGGUGGGGACGGGGACCGGGUGAGUCGUAUGCGGAUAAGAAAUUCUCGCAGGGCUUUGGGAAUUGGAGUGCGAGUGUAGAUGAUCUGUGGGUGGACUACGAGUUUCCUCAAGAUGGAGGUAAUCGGACGGAUGUACGCUGGGUUGAGUUCAGCGGGAGUCAAGGGCGUGUCUUGAGGGCGAGGUUUGGGGACAUUGAAGGCGCAAGUUUCUCGGCGAUGCCUCAUACGACGAGAGACGUGGAUGAGAGCACUCACCCAUAUGAGUUGCGGAAGAAGAAGAGGGAGGACACGAUUGUGAGGCUGGAUUGGAAGCAUCAUGGGCUGGGAACUGCGUCCUGUGGGCCUGCCACUCUGCCAGAGUAUCAGCUGCGGACUGACAAGGAGUUUGACUUUGAGAUACUCCUGGACUAAAAGUCUUGGCAGGUCCUAAGUGCGAUAUGAAUGGGAUGAUGUGAAGGAGAGAUGGGAUUAGAGAUGUAGCCUCAUGACCACAGAACAUCUAUCUACCAGAACCCUCGCACAUUUACACCCUCUUCACCUGGAGAGGCUC